AUGAAUCCUCUUGAAAACUUUGAAGCCGAAACAAGCAGCGAAAGUACGCAACAUUCAGAAGAGGAACUUGCCGAUAGUGAUAAGAGGAUUGCAUUCCGACCUCACAGGCUAGGGUAUGAUCCUAUGACAUAUGAAUCGGAGUUGUCUCCUGAAAAAGUGUGGAAAGAACUAGAGGCAAUCAGUUCAGAGUCAAAAAGGCAAAGCAUGGAGAACUUCACCGGUAAAUCCGACGAAGAGCCUAUAUAUGAUCUCAAGAUUCUUAUUGGUAGGUUACUUUCCGCAUUUGCAAGACUUUCGCGAGCAUCCUUCGGACAAACUUCCAAGAUGGCAUUAUUAGAAGAGUCAGAAGCACGAGCUUUACUUUGUGAAAAGGAGCAACUCCAACACACUUUCUUUAGUACGCUUUCAGUUCCCGCUCAGAAAUUUAUUUCCGGGGUUCUCAUGGGUAAACUUCAGCAUUGUACGGGGGCCGAGCUGCGAGACCCUCGAGAGUCGCCAGUGCAAGACUCUGGAGGCACAUAUAUUUGUGUGCUCUUGAACCAGAAACGCGAUGUAUCUGCUGUCUAUGUCGGUAGAUCCCAAUCUUUACUGCACAGAUUCAAAGGUCAUUAUGCAGGGAUUGCGAAAGCUAUAUAUUGCGAUGAACAUUAA